CCGGAAGCAUCCCGAUGUGGCCGCUGCGCGGAUAGACUCUGUGACCGCUGCGCCGUGUCGUCUCGUUCCUCGGAGGCGAGCCACCGGACCGCCCACUGCUACGGCGCAGGUAGGGAAUCCUCUGUGCGCAGGCGGCCCGGACGCCAUGUCGGCUCCAGCCGUGGAAGGCUCGGCCGCGGCGGCCUUCCGCUCGGUGCUCACCCGGGUCCAUCAGGCAGCCGAGCGGUCCGGCAGGUCGCCGGAGCAGGUCAGAGUGGUGGCCGUCAGCAAGACGAAGCCCGCAUCCCUCCUACGACAGGUCUACGACGCCGGCCACCGCUGCUUCGGCGAGAAUUACGUCCAGGAGAUCGUCGAGAAAGCCCCUCAGCUUCCUGUGGACAUUGAGUGGCAUUUCAUUGGAAACUUGCAAAGAAACAAAGUCAAAUCCCUUCUUGCUGGUGUCCCAAAUCUUCAUAUGAUUGAGAGUGUAGAUGAUGUAAAGGACAACUUUCCUGAGAGGAAGGUUGGUUUUCUCCAAACUAAGAUUGCUAAUCAUGUUGAUCGUGUGGUUGCUAGCUUGGGAAGGAAGCCUCUGAAGGUGUUGGUGCAAGUGAAUACUAGUGGAGAAGAAUCAAAAUUUGGUGUUGAUCCAUCAGGCUGUGUCAAUCUCGUGAGGCACGUGAAACUUGGGUGCCCAAAUCUCAUAUUCUCUGGUCUAAUGACUAUUGGCAUGUUGGACUAUUCGUCUACUCCAGAAAACUUUAAGACACUAUCAAAUUGCAGGGCUGAGGUGUGUAAGGAGCUCGAAAUACCAGAGGAGCAGUGUGAGCUGUCCAUGGGGAUGUCUGCUGACUUCGAGCAAGCUAUUGAAAUGGGCAGCACAAAUGUUCGGAUUGGGUCAACAAUAUUUGGAGUGCGAGAGUCCAAAAAGAAGGAUGAAUAAAAAGCCAAUGAACAUGGUCUUUUUUGCACGAGAUCGGCUAAAAUUUGCAGGCUUAAGCAGAAUGCAAGCCUUGCUUUUGAUCUUGCGCUCGCUCGGCAACCACGGUAAUAAGUUAUCAGUUCACUAUGUAUCUGUGGGGAUCCUUUUCUGCCACAAAUACGGAGUUUUUCAAAGAGUUUAUGAUAGUUUGCUCUAUAUAUAAAUAUGGAUCAGGGAUUUAAAUCAAUAUUUUAAAAAAAAAACUUCUUCCUAAUUGAAGCUUA